UCUGCAACUUCCGCCGGCACCUCCCAUCCAGAGUAUUAUUAUUCCAUCUGUUCUCCCAACGACCCAUUCCCCGCUCCGAUUUCCUCGUGCUCGCCGCCCUCUAAACUUCAAGCCGAAGCCGCCUCCGCACGCGCUCCUCCUCCCCCCCUGCGCAUCCAUGGCAGGUGGAUAUUUGACAUAUUUGAAUGUGUUAUGCUGCUUCUUCUGAAAUCUUUGUUCUGUCGAUAGAGAGAAGGAUCUAUGUGCCCAGAGCCCACCAUCAUUGGCUUCUGAAAAUCUCCAUGGCAACACCAGAAGCAUUAUCAGCGAAGACCAUACAAAAUGUGUUCUUGGCACAUCGCUCACGGACUAGGCAGAGUACAAGAUAUACCAGUGACUCUUGUUCCCUCAAUACCCGCGGUAUGCAUUCCAUCCAGGAAUGUAGAUUAACAUUGGCUGAUACUUCAGCCAAAUGGUUAAAUACCACAUCGACACCGUGGAUUAGCUUCAGCAAACAAGCAAACAUUAGCUGCAAUGCUGUUCAAGAUAGCAGUGUUGUCUCGUCCUCCGAGAAAGUUGAUUUUCUUAAGCUUCAAAAUGGCAGCGAUAUUCGUGGUGUUGCUGUUGCUGGGGUUGAAGGCGAGCCUGUCAACCUCACUGAACCUGUUACUGAAGCUAUAGCUGCUGCUUUUGCUGCAUGGUUAUUAAACAAGAAGAAAGCAGAUGGAUUGAGACGUUUAAGAAUCUCUGUUGGACAUGAUUCACGAAUUUCUGCACAUAAAUUGCAGAAUGCAGUUACCCAUGGAAUCACUGCUGCAGGACAUGAUGUUUUACAGUUUGGAUUGGCUUCAACACCUGCAAUGUUCAACAGUACACUUACAGAAGAUGAAAAAAAUCAUUGUCCAGUUGAUGGAGCCAUAAUGAUAACAGCGAGCCAUCUUCCCUACAAUCGGAAUGGUCUCAAGUUUUUUACAAGUGAAGGUGGACUAAAUAAGGGUGAUAUCAAAGAUAUCUUGGAGCGUGCUUCUAGAUUAUACAAGGAAUCUGCAUACAGUAGCAUACAGGAACUAGGGGAAGCAUCUAGGGGAGUUGUGUCUAAUGUGGACUACAUGUCAAUUUAUGCUUCUGAUCUUGUACAAGCAGUUCGUAAAUCUGCUGGAGACAAAGAAAAACCAUUGGAGGGAUUGCACAUAGUCGUUGAUGCAGGGAAUGGAGCAGGUGGCUUUUUUGUGGAUAAGGUACUCAAACCUUUAGGAGCUGUUACUACUGGAAGCCAGUUUCUGGAGCCUGAUGGCUUGUUUCCCAAUCAUAUUCCGAACCCUGAGGACAAAAAUGCAAUGAAGGCCAUUACAAAAGCAGUGUUUGAUAACAAGGCAGACUUGGGCAUCAUAUUUGAUACUGAUGUGGAUAGGUCUGCUGCGGUUGAUUCCAGUGGUCGUGAGUUGAACCGUAACCGAUUGAUUGCUUUGAUGGCUGCCAUAGUUCUUGAGGAGCAUCCAGGAACUACCAUUGUUACAGAUAGUGUCACUUCAGAUGGCCUGACUGCAUUUAUUGAAAAUAAACUUGGAGGAAAGCAUCACCGUUUCAAGCGAGGGUACAAGAAUGUAAUAGAUGAGGCUAUUCGUCUGAAUUCUAUUGGUGAGGAAUCACAUUUGGCCAUGGAAACAAGUGGCCAUGGAGCACUGAAAGAGAAUCACUGGCUUGAUGAUGGAGCAUACCUUAUGGUUAAACUUUUGAAUAAACUUGCUGCUGCUAGAACACUAAAUUCAAGCAUUGGUAGUAAAGUUUUGACUCAUUUGGUUGAGGGCCUUGAGGAGGCUGCUGUGACAGUGGAGAUAAGGUUGAAGAUUGAUCAGAAUCAUGCAGAUUUGAAAGGAGGGUCCUUCCGUGACUACGGAGAAUCAAUCCUGAAACAUUUGGAGAAUGCGAUAAGUAAUCAUCCAAAUCUCCACAAAGCGCCCAAGAAUUAUGAAGGCUUAAGAGUUUCAGGAUAUGGUGGGUGGUUCCUGUUGAGGCUCUCCCUCCAUGACCCGGUUCUUCCCCUAAACAUUGAGGCACCAAACAACGAUGAUGCCGUCAAGCUCGGGCUUGCGGUGCUUGCUGCUGUCAGUGAAUUUUCAGCAUUGGACGUGACGGCAUUGAAGAAAUUUGUGCAGCAGUGAACACAUCGAUAUUGGCUUCAUUCUGUUGACUUCACGUGGCUUCUUGCUCGUCUCAGUUUAUCUGGGACCAGAUGCAUGCCGCCAAGUGUUAUACAGAGAAAUACUUGUAUUGCAUUAUGCACAGAUGUUUUUUACUCUGAGCGUGACUGGGGAGAUUUCAAUGUUGGCUUUCCUUAGCUGAACACGGUUUUUUUUUUCGUGUUUCACAACAGGUAAAUGAGGAAGAAUCUUUGUCAUACUGGCAUGGCUGGUGUAUCCAUGAAAAUAAGAUUGAAGUUCGAACUUGUAUUUAA